AUGUCAAAGACGGCUUCUCAUUCUAUGACGGGCGCUCGCAAUGUCGCCUUGGGUGCGGUAUUCGGUCUCGCUCUCGAGAAGAGCAAAGUCUAUCUCCCAGAUAUUAUCAUCAACCAGAUGCUGCUGCGGCAGUGGACAAUGGGGCAAAUGUUUUUUACUGCUGCGGCUGGGGGAACGAUCAUUGUGACAAUUUUGGAGGCGACGGGCGUGCGCAAGCGAUCUUGCAAACCACCUGUUUCGGCAGGACUUUCUGUGCUAGGAGAGUACGGUGCAAACAUUGUAGGCGGCAGUUUAUUGGGUGCGGGAAUGGCUCUUAGUGGAGCGUGUCCUGGAACCGUCCUUGUUCAGCUGGGAGCAGGACUUGGAUCUUCUGUUUACGUUCUUGUUGGCGCUCUCGGUUCGUCGAUUACUUAUGGAUAUAUCGCUAGAUGGAUCCAAACCUCAUUUCCAACCUUUGGAAAGAAAAGCCCGGUGAAAACUGUCGACGGUGCAUUGAAGCACAAUGCUCUAUUCACCUCCACCAUCACCGCAAGUGCCCUCAUAGCCGCAGUAUAUGUCCUUCACAGCAUGACAUCAUGGUCCCACAAUGUUAUAUCAGCAUACCAGAACCGCAUCUCGCAGGCGUCCUUCAGCAGCACUUCAUCAAGUCUCACGUCGCUAGCGUGGAGUCCCAUUGCUGGGGGUGCUUUGGUUGCGUUGCUCCAAUUUCCUUCGGUAACCCUCUGUGGAUCUCCAAUUGGUGCAUCUGGCAGUUACAUGGAACUUGCAUCCCGCGUGGUUGCCAAGAUUGACAAGAAUUGGCGAAAGAAUGCCCCAGUGUACGCAGAUUUCAUCACAUCCAAUACUGGACUUCUCUUUGCCUCUGGUGUCAUAGUCGGCUCAUUUUUGUCGGCGUAUACAGGCGGCGCUUGGCCUUUAAAUCGCAGCUUAGAAGGAUCAUCGCCUAUUAAAAGUGUCAUUGGUGGGGCUAUGCUUCUGUUCGGGGCGAGGAUGGCUGGUGGGUGUACGUCCGGACACGGAAUUAGUGGAAUUGCUCAGUUGAGUCUGGCGUCGAUCGUUACGGUUGCAGCUAUGUUUGCUGGCGGAAUUGCAAGCGCCUUCUUGCUUUACUGA